UCGUCUGAAUGUCUCAAAGGAAACCUGAAACUUACAAAAAACAGAAUGAUAUGGAGCCAUAUUAUUGUAGGAUAAUGCAGCUCAGAGAUUCUCUGGAAGACGCCAGUAUGCUGUUGAGUCAGCAAAAACAGUUGAUUUCAAAACUUCCCCCAUCAUUUGUACAUUUUUACCCAGAAAGUCAAUCACCGUUUGCGCCACGGCAAUGACGCAUCAGAGACGACUGCAGACAGGAAAAUGACAGGAAGUGCCACUUGUCCUUAACUUGACAUUGAAUUCUGGAUAAUAUCAACAACAGGAUGAUGAAAUCAACUUCACAGGACCAUCCUCCUGUCAGAGACAUAAAUACACAGACGGCGGUUUAUCAACAGUUUAUGAAUGAAAUCCCUUCAUACAGCUGACCGAUUUCAUUCUACAGAAAAAGGAAGGAGGUAUAUAGAGGAAGGGACAAAUUGUAUCAUAGUCAUACAGUUAUUUUCCUCCUACUUAUUCAACCACUAAACCCACAACGUUUUUUAAUAAAAGCACCUAAAAAUAAUCAGCUUUUAAUCGUCUCCACCCUGAUUCAUCUGUUUCAUUAUAAAAUCAGCCAAAAUGGUAUCAGAUCGAAGUGAAAACUCCACCUUUAAACUGGACGGUGUUUACCUGCCCCCAGUCCUCGCCAUUGACGUCAUACUGGGGCUGUUGGCAAACGUAGUUGCUCUGUGGAUCUUCUGCUUCAAACUGAAGGUGUGGAACCCCAACAACCUGUUCCUCUUCAACCUGGUCAUCGCCGACUUCCUGGCUCUGGUGAGUCUGCCGCAGAGGAUCGCUUCCUUGCUCAAGGGCUACUGGGAGUUUGGAGACGUCUGGUGCCGGAUCAACUUCUUCCUGAUGUUUUCCAACCGCUCGGCCAGCAUCGCAUUCAUGACCGUGGUCGCAAUUUACCGCUACUUUAGGGUGGUCCACCCCCACCACCGGUUCAACCGCAUGACCAAGCGCCACGCUGCCUUCGUGUCCGUGUUCGUCUGGCUGCUGGUGAUCAUUCCUCGGGUUCCCAUGCUGGCGUACAACCACAUCAGGGGCAGCGGGAACACAACCCAGUGCUACUUCACUAAUUACAAAGAGGCGUCGCAGGCCACCAUCAUCCUGGUGGGCUUUCACCGCGUCCUGACGGUGCUGGAGUUCUUCAUCGCGAUGGCCAUGCUGCUGUUCUUCUCCAUCCAGAUCUCUAGCGUCCUGAAGCAGCGACAGAUGGGGAAACCAGUCAAGGUGCGAAAGGCGAUGCUAAUGUGCGUCGCCAUCACCGGGGUGUUCAUGGUGUGCUUCCUGCCAUCAACGGUGGCGACCAUCGCGUUGUGGGUCAUCCGUGCGUACACGACGCGGAACGGAGCCUCGUACUACAAACUCAUCCAGGUCACCCUCUCUCUGUCUCUGAGCCUGAACUUCCUGAACUCGGCCCUGGACCCCAUCGUCUACGUCUUCUCCAGCUCCAUGUUCAGGAAGGCCCUCUGCAGCUCGUUGCCACGCGCCCUGCGCUGCAGACAGGAUGCAGGCAACGGCGAGAACGCGGCAUCAUUGUCAAGAACUCAGUCGACCACCCAGCAGGAACUGAAAUCCAUGAUGGCCGACAGAAAGAGUGAAGCCAUGUAGAGCUUUCCCUCCAUAAUAAUGACUGGAUCAAGCAGAGCACUGUCCUCAUGUCCUUGUGUAGUAUUUUGUACUAAGUUAUCUACUUGUUUUGUGUGUUUAUUUGUUUUUGAUGCUGUUAAAGUUUUGUUCACAUCUGU